AUGGAACUGUACUUUCAUCCGAUUCUACAGCAAAUGCUGCACUCCAACGACCACGGGUUCUGCUCUGAAACGCUCCAACUGCUCAGCGUAUUUUACCCCGCCCUGGCCAACCUCCAGUUCGACUUGAUCGUCGCGACCAUCCGGUCGAUCUUCUGCAGCAUCGUGUACGGCACCAGCGCCAUUCCCCUCGACGAAGCGGCGGUGUACUUUCUCUCCAUCUUUCCAGAAAAAGACGCCGCGCACGACGCACUGAGCCUACAAUGCUGCGUGGAAAUCCUGGCGAUCGCAGAACUGAAAAACCUGCCCAAGCGAGACAAAGAAGCGCUGCAAAAGCACUGGUGGACGCUGCUGCAGUCUCUCGAGUGGACCGACCGCAACGGCCGACUGGUGGUGCUGCUCGAAGAAGUGGGCGGCGCUUUUAAGGCGGCGGACGCGACCAAGUUUAAAGCCCGCAUGGAGCAAGUGAUUCAGUCGCCUCCACACUUGACAGAUCACGACACGCAAUGGAUUUUGGACCAAGUCGCAGAACGAAAGGAAGCGCUAAGUACGUUCAAGAAGAAACUCACCCGUGCCGCCCAACGUCGUGAACACGUCGUAGCGGCCAGCAGCGACAGCAGCGACGCGAGUGAAGACGAGGAGAAGGCGCCCGUGGUGCCGACACGAGAGCGGACGUCGAGACAGAGCAAGGCGGUGGCUAGCGCCAAGAUGAACAUCGUCGACUUAGGCGACAGCGAAGAAGUGGAGGUCAUCAGCAGCACCAGCGGAAAUGAAUCCGAGUUUUAG